AUGAACGGAGCCGGGCCCCGCUCGGCCCGGCCCCUUGUCGCGGACGGCUCAUCCCCACGGAGCCCAGCGCCCGGGCCCCGCCGCCCGGCCGGAGACUGGGCUUGGCGCACUGCGGCGGGGCCUGCGCCGCAACCGAGCUUGGGCGGCCGUGGCUCCUCCCCGCCGGCCCGGGCGUGCGAUUGGCGGCGGGCGUGCACCGGGCCGCUGAUUGGGCGGCCCGGGAGCCAUUCGGGGCGGCCCUGGCGGAGGAGCCUCAGCAGCGAGCCGGAGCUCUAUGGAGGAGGAGGUGGCGGCUGCGGCGGCGGUGGCGGUGGCGGCGACUCCCGGGCGGUGGCUGCGGCCAGCGACGCGGCGGAGCUGAGCGUGCCCCGAACCCUCCGCAGCUGCAAACGCGCAGCUGCUGACUUCCCGGGGAAGGUGAGUCCGGGUCCCGUCCGGCGCUUCCUGCGAGCCGAGUCUCGUCGAGUGGAGCCGAGCGCUGCAAAAUGGCCGCCGCCUCGGCCGCUUCUUCUCGAGCGCACAAAAUGGCGGCCGCGGGCGGGCCCGGGUGGGGCGGCCUCGCUCCGAUUCAACCUUUUCUUCAUUGAACACUGGAGCCCGGGGGCCCCGCGCCUCCUUUGCGGGAAGCACUCCUUGUCUUUGGCUGCGCUUCCCGGAAGUCGGGGCGGACUGAAGGCAGCCGGGCCCGUGCGGCCUAUAGUGGAGCUUCGGGCCGGGCCGGGGAGCGCGCGUGGCGGGUCGGGCCGGGGCCGCGUGUGGCCACGUCGGGGCCGGAAGGACGGACAGGCGGGCGGGCGGGCGGGCGCGGGCCCGGCCGUUGGCGCGGGACCAGCCGAGGCGCCUCGCAGGAGUCGGGCGGGCCUCUCCUCUCGGCGGGGAGGUUUUUCAUUUCUCCAGUCCCCUCCCCUCCCCACCCCAUCCAUUAAUAUUAUUCUUUUGAAGAUUCUUCGUUGUCAAGCCGCCAAAGUGGAGAGUGCGAUUGCAGAAGGGGGUGCUUCUCGUUUCAGUGCUUCUUCGGGCGGAGGAGGAAGUAGGGGUGCACCUCAGCACUAUCCCAAGACUGCUGGCAACAGCGAGUUCCUGGGGAAAACCCCAGGGCAAAACGCUCAGAAAUGGAUUCCUGCACGAAGCACUAGACGAGAUGACAACUCCGCAGCAAACAACUCCGCAAAUGAAAAAGAACGACAUGAUGCAAUCUUCAGGAAAGUAAGAGGCAUACUAAAUAAGCUUACUCCUGAAAAGUUUGACAAGCUAUGCCUUGAGCUCCUCAAUGUGGGUGUAGAGUCUAAACUCAUCCUUAAAGGGGUCAUUCUGCUGAUUGUGGACAAAGCCCUAGAAGAGCCAAAGUAUAGCUCAUUGUAUGCUCAGCUAUGUCUGCGAUUGGCAGAAGAUGCACCAAACUUUGAUGGCCCAGCUGCAGAGGGUCAGCCAGGACAGAAGCAAAGCACAACAUUCAGACGCCUCCUAAUUUCCAAAUUGCAAGAUGAAUUUGAAAAUCGAACCAGAAAUGUUGAUGUCUAUGAUAAGCGUGAAAAUCCCCUCCUCCCCGAGGAGGAGGAACAGAGAGCCAUUGCUAAGAUCAAGAUGUUGGGGAACAUCAAAUUCAUUGGAGAACUUGGAAAGCUUGAUCUUAUUCAUGAAUCUAUCCUUCAUAAGUGCAUCAAAACACUUUUGGAAAAGAAGAAGAGAGUCCAACUCAAAGAUAUGGGAGAGGAUUUGGAGUGCCUCUGUCAGAUAAUGAGGACAGUGGGACCUAGACUAGACCAUGAACGAGCCAAGUCCUUAAUGGAUCAGUACUUUGCCCGAAUGUGUUCCUUGAUGUUAAGUAAGGAAUUGCCAGCAAGGAUUCGUUUCCUGCUGCAGGAUACCGUAGAGUUGCGAGAACACCACUGGGUUCCUCGCAAGGCUUUUCUUGACAAUGGACCAAAGACGAUCAAUCAAAUCCGUCAAGAUGCAGUAAAAGAUCUAGGAGUGUUUAUUCCUGCUCCUAUGGCUCAAGGGAUGAGAAGUGACUUCUUUCUGGAGGGACCGUUCAUGCCACCCAGGAUGAAAAUGGAUAGGGACCCACUUGGAGGACUUGCUGAUAUGUUUGGACAAAUGCCAGGUAGCGGAAUUGGUACUGGUCCAGGAGUUAUCCAGGAUAGAUUUUCACCCACCAUGGGACGUCAUCGUUCAAAUCAACUCUUCAAUGGCCAUGGGGGACACAUAAUGCCUCCCACACAGUCGCAGUUUGGAGAGAUGGGAGGCAAGUUUAUGAAAAGCCAGGGGCUAAGCCAGCUCUACCAUAACCAGAGUCAGGGACUCUUAUCCCAGCUGCAAGGACAGUCGAAGGAUAUGCCACCUCGGUUUUCUAAGAAAGGACAGCUUAAUGCAGAUGAGAUUAGCCUGAGACCUGCUCAGUCAUUCCUAAUGAGUAAAAAUCAAGUGCCAAAGCUCCAGCCCCAGAUAACUAUGAUUCCUCCUAGUGCACAACCACCACGCACUCAAACACCACCUCUGGGACAGACACCUCAGCUUGGUCUGAAAACAAAUCCACCGCUUAUACAGGAAAAGCCUGCCAAGACCAGUAAAAAGCCACCUCCAUCAAAGGAAGAACUACUUAAGCUAACUGAAACUGUUGUCACCGAGUAUCUGAAUAGUGGAAAUGCAAAUGAAGCUGUCAAUGGUGUGAGAGAAAUGAGGGCUCCUAAACACUUUCUUCCUGAGAUGCUAAGCAAAGUAAUCCUUUUGUCACUAGAUCGAAGUGACGAAGAUAAAGAAAAAGCAAGUUCUUUGAUCAGUUUACUUAAACAGGAAGGGAUUGCCACAAGUGACAACUUUAUGCAGGCUUUCCUGAAUGUAUUGGACCAGUGCCCCAAAUUGGAGGUUGACAUCCCUUUGGUGAAAUCAUACUUAGCACAGUUUGCAGCUCGUGCCAUCAUUUCAGAGCUGGUGAGCAUUUCAGAACUAGCUCAACCACUGGAAAGUGGCACCCAUUUUCCUCUCUUCUUACUUUGUCUUCAGCAGUUAGCUAAAUUACAAGAUCGAGAAUGGUUAACAGAACUUUUUCAACAAAGCAAGGUCAAUAUGCAGAAAAUGCUCCCAGAAAUUGAUCAGAAUAAGGACCGCAUGUUGGAGAUCUUGGAAGGAAAAGGACUGAGUUUCUUGUUCCCACUGCUCAAGUUGGAGAAGGAACUUCUGAAGCAAAUAAAAUUGGAUCCAUCCCCUCAAACCAUAUAUAAAUGGAUAAAAGAUAACAUCUCCCCCAAGCUUCAUGUAGAUAAAGGAUUUGUGAACAUCCUAAUGACUAGCUUCUUACAGUAUAUAUCUAGUGAAGUAAGCCCACCCAGUGAUGAAACAGAUUCUUCCUCUGCUCCUUCCAAAGAACAGUUAGAGCAAGAAAAACAAUUGCUUCUUUCUUUCAAGCCAGUGAUGCAGAAAUUUCUUCAUGAUCAUGUUGAUCUACAAGUCAGUGCCCUAUAUGCUCUUCAGGUGCACUGCUACAACAGCAACUUCCCAAAAGGCAUGUUACUUCGCUUUUUUGUCCACUUCUAUGACAUGGAAAUUAUUGAGGAAGAAGCUUUCUUGGCUUGGAAAGAAGACAUAACUCAAGAAUUUCCAGGGAAAGGCAAGGCUUUGUUCCAGGUGAAUCAGUGGCUAACCUGGCUAGAAACUGCUGAAGAAGAAGAAUCAGAGGAAGAAGCUGACUAAAGAACCAGCCAAAGCCUUAAAUUGUGCAAAACAUACUGUUGCUAUGAUGUAACUGCAUUUGACCUAACCACUGCGAAAAUUCAUUCCGCUGUAAUGUUUUCACAAUAUUUAAAGCAGAAGCACGUCAAGUUAGGAUUUUCUUCUGCAUAAGGUUUUUUUGUAGUGUAAUGUCUUAAUCAUAGUCUACCAUCAAAUAUUUUAGGAGUAUCUUUAAUGUUUAGAUAGUAUAUUAGCAGCAUGCAAUAAUUACAUCAUAAGUUCUCAAGCAGAGGCAGUCUAUUGCAAGGACCUUCUUUGCUGCCAGUUAUCAUAGGCUGUUUUAAGUUAGAAAACUGAAUAGCAACACUGAAUACUGUAGAAAUGCACUUUGCUCAGUAAUACUUGAGUUGUUGCAAUAUUUGAUUAUCCAUUGGUUGUUACAGAAAAAAAAAUUCUUAACUGUAAUUGAUGGUUGUUGCCGUAAUAGUAUAUUGCCUGUAUUUCUACCUCUAGUAAUGGGCUUUAUGUGCUAGAUUUUAAUAUCCUUGAGCCUGGGCAAGUGCACAAGUCUUUUUAAAAGAAACAUGGUUUACUUGCACAAAACUGAUCAGUUUUGAGAGAUCGUUAAUGCCCUUGAAGUGGUUUUUGUGGGUGUGAAACAAAUGGUGAGAAUUUGAAUUGGUCCCUCCUAUUAUAGUAUUGAAAUUAAGUCUACUUAAUUUAUCAAGUCAUGUUCAUGCCCUGAUUUUAUAUACUUGUAUCUAUCAAUAAACAUUGUGAUACUUGAUACA